AUGGUACACCUUGUGGCCGUACCAGAGACAAUCACGGCAAGUGGCUGUGCUUGUGUCUUUAUUGACACCAUCUUCCGACUUCAUGGGUUGCCCCGUGAACUCGUAGCAGACAAAGAUCCACGAUUCACUGCUGAUUUCUGGCGUUCCGUGUUCAAAUCACUCGGAACGCGCUUGAAGAUAUCGACAUCUGAUCAUCCAGAGUCAGAUGGUCAGACGGAACGUGCCAAUCGUGUCCUCGAAGAGAUACUUCGAGGAUACGUACACUCCUUUAAGAGUUGGAGUGAGUUUUUGCCAAUGGUAAAGUUUGCCAUUAACAACUCGGUGCAUGCGUCCACGACACAUACACCGUUUUACGUGAAUGGCUUGCGCCAUCCGCGUGUACCCACCUUACUAGAGUGUAACUCUGGUUUAAGGGGGGGAGGGACUUGCGCGAGCAAAAACCGAUUUGGUUCACGCUCAUCACGCUCUGACGAAGAGGUCAUUGCGUUUGAUGCCGAUAUCGAUAACAUCGAUAUCGAAGAAGAUGAUGCCAGUGAGAGUGCGGAAGCCCUCACUGAAGAAGAUGAUCCCAGUGAGAGCGAGGAAGCCCUCACUGAAGAAAAGGUUGAUGUCGCUGCAGUGCGCUCACAGCGCACUGAAGCUAACGAGUCAUCAGAUGAGUUCAUACUGGCUCGUGAAACGGUAGUCCGUUUUGUGCAAGACUCCAUCGCCGAAGCGGUGACUUAG